UUUGGACGGGGCGUGGCGGUAAAUGCCUCAAAUAGGCAGUGGGUAGGAGUUGAGAGGCACUGGCUUGAAUUUUAUAACCAAUCUGAUUUAAGUGUGUAUUUAUUAUAUUUAUUGAAUAAUCAUUGAUUGAUUUAAUAAUUAAUAAAUUGGCUUAUAGUCAGUAAACCGAGUGUUUCUGAAGCAAAACUUUAUCAAGUCAACAACAUAUGGUUUAAGAGAUGGAAAAAGUCAUUAUUAUAGUCAUAUGUUUGUUUGCCUUGAUAAACAAAGUAUUGUAACUAGUGUGUGUUUGUGAGUUCGGUUAUCUUUAGAUUAUUAUAAAGACGUUGAGAAUGAAGUGAAAGUGUUACUCCGUUGCAACAGAGGGCGCUGCGCGGUGGGUAAUUUAGUUGCGAGUUAAACAGAAGAACUGCUCCCGCGUACGUUUGAAAACACUUCUGUGUGGCUUUUGAGAUGGCAGGCAAAAUUAAAAUUCCCGAUGAAUGUAGUUAUAAGACAUACUCUGUUUGCGAGAGUACCGCUGACAGCAGGAGUAGAGUGGAGGAAGAUGGAGAAAGCGACGGUCCGGCGGUGUUUAUGUGCGGCAAAUGCAAGCUGCCAAUCGGAGACAGUUUGUCCUGGGCUGGCAGUGAUGAUGAGAACAACCAAAUCAUGCUCAAACGCAUUACUGACAACAUUGUUGUAAGCAAAGAGCCAUUUGUUUCUGGGACCCGAAAGGAGCUUGGAUGCCUUGUUGUGAAUCUCACCUGCCGUGGCUGUUGCUCAGAAUUAGGAAUCAUGUACAUAUCAACCCCGAAAAAGCUGGAUUGCAAGAGAUCUCUUUUCUGCUUUAAUGUGGAAAAUAUUGAAAGCUAUGUAGUGGGAAGUCCGGGCCAGCAAAUGCCACAAUUAGACAGAGAAGACAAACCAGUGACCCUGGAGUACCAGGACACUGUGCAUCAGCAGAUGACGGAGAUAACAUCUCUAGCAGUGAUAAUAGGACAACGCCUACUGGAGAUUGAAAAUAACCUCCAGUGCAGUUCAGAAAAAUGAUGGACGCUUUUGCAAGGGGAAUGUCUUGUUUAGGGUGAAAAUCACACGUCAUGAAUGAGGUUUUGGUGUAAGAUAGUUUUGUCUAUACAGUAAUGGAUUUAUACGUUGAUGCUAUAUAAAUGUAUGCAAGUGACAAACAUACAUUUUAUAAUAUCUUUUCCUUAACAACAUGAAGCAAAUCCUUAAUAUUAUUAUAGUAAUAAGUAUAUUAUUAUUAUUAUUAUUGAUAUUACUUUUUUAUUACUAAAUAAAUUUGAGAAAAUAAUCAGACCUUUUAUGGAAUAAACCAAAUAUUUAAAUUGUACUCAAACCCAUACAUAUUAAAUCCUUAGAAACUAAUUGUUUUUCCCAAGUAUAUCCCUAUGGCUGUAGAUAGAUCAAUAUAUUAGAUAUUGUAACCAUAUAUUGUUCUUUAAAAAUGUAAAUAUGUUUGUGUUCAUCUAUAUUUUCAGGAGCGAUCUUGGUUGUUGUUGUUAUUGUCGAGUAAUGCCUGUAUUUACACGAUGGCUAUAUGUACAAUAAACGUAAUGCUAAAACACCA